UAAAUUUACUUAAAAUUUGCACUUUUAAUUGCAAUCAUGGCUCACGUAUGAGCCAAAAGCUUAAAACAACGUACUAUAAAAGUUGUUGUUGUUGUUUUUAUUCGACUCAGACAUGUCAUGAAUGUAACGGGAUAGAAUUACUAGAACAAGUUAAAAACAUAUAAACAAGCUGUAGCUAGUUUAAACGUGAAACGUAAGAAAAAUGGAUAAAUAUCUACCUAUACAUAGCUGCAACCCCGGGCAUAAUAUAUUGGAAAAGAGGGUGAAAUUUAAAGGAUGGCAGACAUUUAAGAACGCUGUUUCAGACUGAGGACUCAGUGUAUUUCAAGUUACUUAGGUAAAGCCGCAUUAAACGAGAGAAUAUUUGCAAAUAAAAACGCUCACAUCUGAUAUUCUUCGUAUAUUGUUUUAACUGGAAACAAGAUAAUGCAAAAAAAAUAUGGUACUCAAGAAAUAUAUAUCAUGUUCUUCAGCUAGUAUUUUCUCUUUUAUAAAACACGGGACAAUCACCGGAAUAAGUAAAACACAUGACAUUACACACAAGAUGACACGCAUACAAAUAUUGCAUGCAGCUUCGCAGUGAAAGUUUACCUUGGUCGACACACAACUCUAUUUAAAAUCUGGAUCAUAGCACGUAAACUUAAUUAGAAUAAACGUCAUCAAAUUCUAAUGAAACUAAUUAAUAUAUAAAAACGAUCAUUUUAUUAACGCAUAACAAACAAAAACAUACUACAGAGAAGUAAAGACAGGUUCCUAAACAGUACACUUUAAUGAUUACUCAACAACAGCCCAUAAGUUAUGCCACCCCGGUGCAUACCAAAGUUCCACGAAAUAUUUUCAUAAUUGGUGUCGUUUUGAUAUUCACUGGUGAUCUAACAUUAGGUCUUAGCGUCAGUAUCUUCGGGGAGCUUCAGAUAAAAUGGGUCCCAAUAAAUCAACACGGUCUUUCAGUACUGAUUUCCGUGUGGAUUGUAGUAACUGGCGUGUUGGCUCUGUACAUUUGUCGUAAUUCACAAAGUCAGAGACUAGUUGCAAUUUACAGAAUAAUAGCAAUGAUAGGAGUAAUUUUAACUUUUAUCGCUGCCGUAGCAUCAGCAGUUGGAUUUGUAGUUUACUUGACAUGCCAACGUAAAACCCGCUAUGACUCAGCUCACCGAUACGUUUAUUCGUACUUUCCAGAGAUACAUUGCAACAAGAAUCGUUAUUAUGGAAUUAUUGUGCACGGAGUUCUCUUUGUCCUGCACUUCUUGCAAAUUCUAUUCUUAAUAGCAGCCGCUGUGUUUGGGUUCGAGCUCGACCAACCAGGGCAACCAGCAAAUCCGCAAAUUUUCCAAAUUGUGCAGCAACCAACUGUACCACAAACUAACAUGUUUGUCCAAGAUCUUGAAAUGACGAAGCCUCAACAACAUCAAAACAUUCCACACUAUGCAGCAACCAACGAUACGACAAACUAAAAUAUUUGUCCAAGAUCUUGAAAUGAGAAAACCUUAAGGUACUCUAGUCAAUAGUUUAGCGAAUACUAAAGAAUUAAAUGAUACAAGAAGAAAUACGAAUUAGUUCAUCAUUCUCGACAAAUACAGACUGCCAAUUUAGAUACGCUGGAUAACAAUGUAAUCUUUACUUAACAAAAUUAAAUAUUUAUUUAAUUAUUUAAGAUUCAAAGUAAUAGAACUUUAACUAAUUUAAAUUUUUAUUCCAUCUUAUUUAUUAUUAAGAAUGUCAAUAAAUACUUGCUUCGAAAGCAUA